GCAACACUUACACAACUGCCUACAGUGAUGCAACAAUCACUGAGAAUCACACAACAGUAUACAAUGCUACAAACCACAAGAACAAUCAGACAAUCCACAAUGCUACAACACCCAGCAACAAUUACACAAUAACCUACAAUCAUACAACACUCACUGAGAAUCACACAACAGUCUACAUUGCUACAAACCACAACAACAAUCAGACAACAAUCCACAAUGUUACAACACCCAGCAACAAUUAUACAACAACCAACAUGCCUACAACACCCAGCAACAAUUACACAACAAUCAACAAGCCUACAACACCCAGCAACAAUUACACAACAACCAACACGUCUACAACACCCAGCUACAAUUACACAACUGCCUACAAUGAUACAAAACUCACUGAGAAUCACACAACAGUAUACAAUGCUACAAACAGCAAGAACAAUCAGACAACAAUCCACAAUGCUACAACACCCAGCAACAUUUAUAUGAUAACCUACAAUCAUACAACACUCACUGAGAAUAACACAACAGUCUACAUUGCUACAAACCACAACAACAAUCAGACAACAAUCCACAAUGUUACAACACCCAGCAGCAAUUAUACAACAACCUACAAUCCUACAACACCCAGCAACAAUUAUACAACAACCAACAAGCCUACAACACCCAGCAACAAUUACACAACAACCAACAAGUCUACAACACCCAGCUACAAUUACACAACUGCCUACAAUGAUACAAAACUCAGUGAGAAUCACACAACAGUAUACAAUGCUACAAACAGCAAGAACAAUCAGACAACAAUCCACAAUGUUACAAGAUCCAGUUACAAUUACACAACAACCAACAAGCCUACAACACCCAGCAACAAUUACACAACAACCAACAUACCUACAACAGCCAGCAACAAUUACACAACUGCCUACAAUAAUGCAACAAUUGCUGACAAUCACACAACAGUAUACAAUGGUACAAACAGCAAGAACAGUCAGACAACAAUCCACAAUUCUACAACACCCAGCAACAACUACACAACAACCAACAAGCCUACAACAGCCAGCAACGAUUACACAACUGCCUACAAUAAUGCAACAAUUGCUGACAAUCACACAACAGUAUACAAUGGUACAAACAGCAAGAACAGUCAGACAACAAUCCACAAUUCUACAACACCCAGCAACAACUACACAACAACCAACAAGCCUACAACAGCCAGCAACAAUUACACAACUGCCUACAAUAAUGCAACAAUUGCUGACAAUCACACAACAGUAUACAAUGGUACAAACAGCAAGAACAAUCACACAACAACCAACAAGCCUACAACACCCAGCAACAACUACACAACAACCAAGAAUCCUACAACAGGCAGCAACAAUUACAUAACUGCCUACAAUAAUGCAACAAUUGCCGACAAUCACACAACAGUAUACAAUGGUACAAACAGCAAGAACAAUCAGACAACAAUCCACAAUUCUACAACACCCAGCAACAACUACACAACAAUCUAUGAUGCAACAACACCCAGCAACAAUUACACAACUGUCUAUAAUGCAACAACACCCAGCAACAUUUACACAACAGAGCAUACAAUAGUCUACAAUGCUACAACACUCACAACAACCUACAAUACUACGUCACCCAAUGACAGUAACACAACUAACAAUGCUGUAGCAGUACACAAUACAACUGCACUUGAUUAUUCUACCACUUUGUUUUUGGCAACUAAGACUUCUGUCAAUUAUACAACAGUAACCAAAUCUCCUCAAAAUGUAUCAACUGUAUUCAACAUCACUAUCGCACCGAUUAUAGAACCACAACAGAAUACAACCACUGUCAACAUAAACACAACGGUUGUAGCCGUUACUACAGAAGUAAGCAGAACUACACACCCAAACUCAACCACAGAAAAUACGACUUCAGAUGCUGAAAAUGACAGCAGCUCAACCACAGCUAUUAGCACUAUUCAAGUAACCAAACCAUUAGGUUCCAACUUAACAACAGCUAAUAUGUCAGUUGACAUAUUUGCCGAAACCACACAUGGUCCAACAACAAAAAGCACAACUACUACAAACGUAUCUUCAAGUACUAGGAAAACAACUCUCCCAACGACCAAACCCACAACAAGCACAGUUGUCAGGACUGGAACAACAUUGAUGACCACUGGAAAGACAAAUACUAGUGCAAUAAAUAAGGAGGAACUGGCAAAUGAGUUGCUGAAGCAAACACAAGAUGUGUCUAAGCUAAACUCCUCCCAGGUGUCUAACAUGGUGAGGAACAUGGAGAAACUUCUGGAGGAACCAUCUGUCUCUCAAUCAGUGGGACAAAACAUCAUUAAUAUCAUAAGCAACCUCAUGAAUGCUGACCCAGAGGUUCUCUCUGGAUCAUCAAAUAGGCUGAUUCAGCUGGUGGAUAAUCUGGGUCUGAAGUUGGAAGUCACUGGUGACAGUGGCAUCCUGUCCUCAACAUCUCUGGUUCUGGCAGUAAGGAGGGUGAAUGGGACCAACUUUCCUGAAACCUCUGUUGAGAUUUUUAACACUGAUAAUGUACAGCUCCGAGGUGUCAACAGGUCUCAAGUCAAAAGGUCAGCUCCUGCUUUGGGCUCGGUGGACUUGCCCUCCUCCCUUACAGCAGGUCUCAGUCCUGAAGAGAAGCAGGAGGUCAACAGAGUCCAGUUCACUUUCUACAUACAUAAUUCAUUCUUUAAGGAUUCUUCUGUAGGACACCAAACAGCUGUCAGUGCUGUUUUAGGGUCCAGUGUGGCUAAUCGUUCAAUCUGCAAUCUGAAGGAGAACAUCACAUUUACCAUCAUGCACAUGAAUUUAAGUCAAGAAAACAUCACAUCAUGUGUAUUCUGGAAUUUCACUAAGAACAAGAACGUAGGAGGCUGGGAUGAAACUGGAUGCUCUGUCGUCAUCGCCACUCCAGAAUACACGACCUGCAGCUGCAAUCAUCUCACCUCCUUUGCAAUACUGCUGGAUUUGUCCAGAGAGGGAAUAACUGACCGUCAGCAGGCAACAAUUUUGACCUUCAUCACCAACAUUGGCUGUGGAAUUUCUACUGUUUUUCUAGCCGUCACCCUGAUAACAUAUUUGUUGUUUGAAAAACUGCUCCGCGAUAUUCCAGCCAAGAUCCUGGUCCAGCUCUGCUUUUCCCUUAUGCUCCUCAAUCUGGUCUUUCUGCUGAAUGGAUGGCUGUCUACCUUCAAACCUGAAAAUGUUUGCAUCAGCACUGCCUUCUUCCUGCACUACUUCCUGCUGUCGUCAUUUACUUGGGCGGGACUUGAGGCUCUGCACAUGUACCUAAGCAUUGUGCAAGUUUUCACACCCUACCUGAGUAGAUACAUGCUGAAGUUCUCCCUAAUGGGCUGGGGUAUUCCUCUCAUCGUGGUGGUCAUUACCAUAUCGGUGGACAAAGACAACUAUGGUCUGGUUCAAUUUGGAAAACAUGAAAAUGGGACUACUGAUGACUUCUGCUGGCUGCGUAAUAACAUCGCCUACUAUGUGGGUGUGGUCGCCUACUUUGUCGUCGUUUUUCUCUUCUGCCUGGUGGUCUUCAUCGCCGUUAUGGUCCAGCUGUCUCGGAUCAAGAAGCAGAACCCUCACAACCAGUCUCCCAACAGGAGUACAAUGACUGACAUAAGAAGCAUUGUUGGACUUGUCCUACUGCUUGGCCUCACUUGGGGCUUUGCUCUGUUCACCUGGGGUGCAAUCAGACUCCCUUCUUUAUACCUUUUCACUAUAUUCAACUCUCUGCUAGGUUUGUUUGUCUUCGUUUUCCACUGUGCGGUAAAGGAGAACGUCCGCAGGAUGUGGAGAACAUAUCUGUGUUGUGGAAAUAUGCGGCUGCCUGAGAACCUAGAAUGGAGUCGGACUGCCACCCAGAACAACAAGAUGUUGUCGGUGGUCAUGGCUACCACCUCGGCUCACCAACAAAGCAACCGUAGCUCCUCCAUCGGCAGCAACCUCACCUACAGCAGCAGCUCAGUGUUUGUGGACAGUGGAAUAUCGGACCGCUCAAACAGCGAUGUUGUCCUCCAUGAGUUUCACAGGCGGAGCCUGUCUCUGCAAGGCGAACCCUGAUGAGGAGGCCGAGCGCACCAUCAGAGAUUAGUGAUCUAUUUCGGACUGAAAAUUAAUAGUAGGUGCACCCAAUCCUCAGGGUUGCACAAGAUGAAGUCUUUAAAGAUGAAAUGAAGGAAGAAAAUAGUUCCACAUUAGCAGAGGUAUGGCUUGUUUAUACCUGAAAAAUAGAAGUAUUUUACUGUGAGCCAUGACUCAAUCUUUUCCUAAAUAAUAUGAUCAUGACAUUGUUUUAACUGUGCAAGUAAGAUGAAGAGUAGUACUCUGUAGUGUAAAACAGAUCCUUCUAGCAUUUUAUUGACUUUCAUGAGGCUGUUUUGCUGCCCACCCUUUUGCUCUCUUUAAACUUACAUAACCUUAACAAACUGCCAAUGACUCUUAGCACAAGCUUUAGAUGCAGAAAGGUGACCCAUCUAGAAAAUGUACACAUGCCAAACUCAACUACUAACCUUGUUAAUCAGUAAUUGAUAAGAAGGAUUCUGCGUAGUAUAGGACAAAAUUGUCUUUUACAAUGCUGUUUAGUUUGCAGCCACACAGAGUUUAUAUCUUGUUUGGGUUACGGUACAGCCUUGAUUUCUAUGCAGAAUGAAUAUAAAUAAUCUUAAAGUGGUGAUUUUCUUCUUUUGCAUAAGAAGAAACUUUCACAGGUGUAUGCACAUCACCUACAAAAGAAGAUAAUAAAACUUAAACUCACAACCUG